UGACAUCGGUUUCUUACUUUAGACUUUAUUUUUCUCACUGAAAUGAACUUGAAAAUGUACCGCGACGCUUUACAUUCACUAAAUAAAUCGAAUAAAAUAGUAUUCUUCCACAUAAUCGCCUUGCUGAGUAUAUAAAAUCGAUAAAUUAACUUGUUGUGUUUAUAAAUAUUGUUAGUAUCGUGGAAUGAUACUGAACUCAACAGCCUUAAUAUGCUGAAGCGUAAAUUAAAUCUCAUGUUAAUUAUUUUAUCAUUAAUAAUUAAUAUUUGUCGCGGCGAAUUUAUUAAAAUAUCACAGCAACCGGCCAACAUUCUUGAAGAUUUCUUUGGGUAUCGUCAUGUGUCCAUUAUACAUUUCAAUGUUCCGGAAAAUGUUAUCACCGCUGCCUUUAAGUUUACUGCUAAGGAGACAAAGACUGGGGGGUUGGGUAAUUGUUCACCACGAGACGUUUCAGUUUACUUAAAGUCCGGAAGUAUUCCAUUGGUCCAUCCUGAUGGUUCUAAAAUUAGUGCUGAGUUAUUGAAGAAUCGUAGAAAAUUUUAUCACUCAAAUUUCACGAGUUCCGGUGAUCAUUAUUCAAUUUUAAUACCUUCACCAAGUGCUGGCGACUGGUAUGCUAUCGCAUUUAGAUCAUGGACUGAUCCUGAUUCUGAAAAAAUUACUCAGCAAGGUAUAGGGACAGCGUGUAAUACUGUUCUUGAUGCGGAAUUGUCUGUCGAGCGAGUAGGACAAUCAGUAUUUAUGAAAAGUAAUGAUGAAAAUACUAUAACAUUAAGUAGUAAUUUAUUGGAUACUGCAAUGGUCCAAUUCUUUGUACCUGGAGAUCAACAAACAAUAAAUAUUUCGUUGAUUUCAUCAUGUGAAGAGUGUCGAGUGGCUGCUAAUGUAAUUACAAAGGAAACUUUGAAAGGCGCAUUGAUUAAUCAAAAUGAGACAACUCUAGAAUUUAAGCCUUACGUUAAUUCUUUCCACUAUUUGACUCUCCGUCUUCUCUCGGGUAAUGCGACAAAUAUUUCAAUUGCAUUACCCGUAGAUAAUUUAUCACUAAGUGACGAUAUUUUUGACAUUGAUAACUAUGAUACUGUGGCUGUGAAUAAGGUACCGCUGACAAGGAGAUCUCUUCCAGAUUUUUUUUUAUUUGACUACGAACAUUUACUAGGAAAUUCUAGUAAACCGUCACCUGUUAAUAUCACCGUUGACAGUCUGACAGUACUGAGUUACCAAGUAGCACCAGUUUACGAUGUCGGCGGUACUGUAUCUAUUGGUAUCAAGUUAGUCAAGAAGUCUGAUGACAUUGUAGUAGUUGGAUGCGUCUCUCUAGGUUACUAUGCUGGUAUCACAGCAGGCGGGGGUUGUAUGAAACAAAACUCGUUGACAGCCGCUGAUCUUUGGUCAAACAGCACAAAACCGACAAUUAUUCAUAUUCCAUAUCCAGAACCAGGGACUUGGCAUCUGAGUAUGAAAGCUUUUUAUAUCGAACCCAAGUGCAAUUGUUCAGUGGAGUGCCGUACAAGUGGCUGUAAAUUGUGCGAUUGCAUGAACGAAACUUCAACAAGAGUUGAAACAAAUAUCGCAUCAUCACCAUGUAUCGAAGGCCAUUGUAAUUCAAAUGGUCGCUGUCUUCAUUACAUGACUGGUGGGUCUGUAUUCUCGGCAUGCUACUGCAACGGUGGAUACCGCGGUUUUGAUUGCGCUGAUGACACCUACGUUUUGACUGGAGGAAGUAUUCUCAUACGCUUACUACUCCUUACUCUGAGUAAUCUAGCAUUUUUGGCUUCAAGUUACGUCGCAUUUCGCCGAGAAUAUUACACAGAAGCUCUUGUCUACGUUUCGGUGAUGUUCUUCUCAACAUUUUACCAUGCAUGCGAAGCCGGUGAAAAUAUUAUGAGCUUCUGUAUUACAAAACUCAGUGUACUGCAAUUCUGUGACUUUUACAACGCGCUUUUGUCAAUCUGGGUAACUUUGGUGGCAAUGGCGUCAUUUGGACCUCGACUAACGGCUUUUUGUCAAAUAAGCGGAGCUAUUGUUCUUGCACUGGGUGCUGAACUCGACCGAACAGCUCUCUGGGUAUUUCUGCUACCCGCUGUCACUGGAUCCAUUCUAAUCGGAGUAUCUUGGGGCCUACGCUGUCGCAGACAACGUAAUUUUUGCUACCCUGCGUCAAGAUACCGCAAUGUCUAUCUACCAACUGGACUGGGUCUCGUUUCUGUCGGGUUAAUUUGCUACGCAUUCUUACAGACACGUCGUAACUAUCAUAUUAUCCACAGUUUUUGGCAUGUCUGCAUUGCAUUGAGUGUUGUCCUACUUUUACCAAAACGUAAACAUAUGAAAUAGUAUCGGAGAUCGCUUGACAACGAUUAUGAGUCUUGUGACGAAGCUAUUCGUGCAUUCUCAUCACCCGUUGUCAGCGAUUUUGAUCAAGAAUGUGAUUUGAGUGACUCAUUUUUGCAAGCACUCGACGAUUAAUUGUGUGACCAACACUUUGUUAUGCAAUUACUAAUUAAAUAUGUGAUUUGAAAUUAUAAAGAGAAAAAAUAAACGCAGUCUUUAUUGUGAUCUAUAUUUUACACUUUUGUGUGAUGUUAAAUAUAUCUAUAUAUUUGUAUAGAAUGCACUUGAUGCACAAAGUAUAAGUAAAAAAAAAAAAAUUAUUAUUAUUAUUGAUAAAUAUUGUAACUACAAUCUUCCAUAUGAAGCAUAAAAUUUAUUUAUUAAAUAUUUUU